AUCCCAGAAUGCUGCGAUGGACGCGGAAGGACGUUAACGCAGCUCAUGUGUGUCUCAGCCCUUUUCUUUUGACUGGUCGGUGGUACUAUCAACGUUGCCAAUCGCCUCCCCACCCCCGGCCUUAGGCACAAAGAAGCCAGUUUCACAUAGCUUUCGAGUUAUGCUUCCUCGGAAAAAAAAUCCCCUGUUCGUAUGUUUCAGUUAUCACCAAAUCCUUGUCCCGGAAAAGUGCCAUCGGUUAUAUUUAAUUGUGGCAAGCUGGCAUCCCUCUGCUGUGUAGGAAAACUACAUUAGAGAUAAGAAGGCCUUAGGAAGACAUGUCAGCUCUUUGGCCAAAGAAGCUUAUAAGAUAUUCCCCUGAGGCCGAAAUACACUCCAGCUCAGCCAUGAGAAAGAAGGCAACUGUGAGCAGCAUGCAUCGGUUUAAAACUGAGGACACAGACACACAGCAGUGGGACAGCAGGACAUCAGCAGUUGCAAGUGACGUAGAACAGGAUGACACAUCAAGCAGCGUGGUUUCACCAGAAACCGCAGCAGAAAGCCUUUCUCCGACUGCUAUCUUGACUAUAACAAAGCUUAGAUGCCAGCUCGAAAGCAAACAAGAACGGAUCAAUUACCUUGAGAAACAGGUUGAAGAUCUCCAGCAAGAUCGUAAUUUUCUUCGUGCACAAAUUGAAAACUUAACAAGGAGUGCCAAGCAAUCAGAGGAAACUAAACCAAGGAAAAGGUCAAGGACAGCUUCCAGUAGCUCUGCAUUUAGCAAUGACAGUGGUUCGGACAUAUCUUUUACAUCCGUAUCAUCAGGCACUUCAAGUGAAGCAAAGAAGAGAAGGCAUCAUAAAGAUAAAAGACGGGGAAAAAAGUCAAAAGACUAUAGCAGAAAAAGAGCCACUGGUGUGCAGUACGUUAUUCAUCGAUACAAGCAAGUAUUAUCGACUUUCAACAAAAAGAAAAGCAUGAGUGGAGCUUUUCGGCAUUAUGGUAUUGAUAGAAACACCAUAGCCAAUACUGCACCGAUAGCAGAACUGCAUCUUGCCGCUAAGGAAAUGCUGGGUGUGGUUGGACUCUUCAAUCCACGAGAAGAAACUCUGGUGAAAUAUGCACAAAAAUGUGCCAAUCUCAUAGAAAGUGAUGAGAACUUAUCCCGUAAAAUUGAGUUAAUGAAAGCUACUGGAGAACUGUUACCCAUAACAGCCAAAAAACCCAAAAUGCACUGUAUGAUGUAAAGCAGAAGAAAAGGAUUAUUGAAAUCCGUAUGACUAUCCAUUUAUGCAUCUACAGUAUACAUUUUUUUAGAUGUUUUGAAACAAAGGAGGAGAAGAAAUUGAAAGACUAAGACAUUAGGGGAAAGAAAUAAAAGUCAAUCUGUUUUGUCCCUUUAACUUUACAUAAUGCCUUUCUUGGGAACAUAGUAUUGUUGAAAAAAAAAACACCGGCUCAAAAAGCAGAAAAGUGGAUUUAUUAAAGAAAUUAAUUUUAAUAUGGUUUCAUAUCACCUAAUGAGAUAAUGUAGAAUAGUCAUGGAUGGCCCCGCAGUCCUUAUCUUGUUACAUAAUGAAAGAACAAUGAUUGUGAGUAUUAAACAGUUUUUCUGAAGAAAACACCUAAGCAUGCCUUCUUUUGGCAUUUUAAGUACUCAUCCCAUAUUUGAUUAAAUAUAUCUGAAUUUUUCUUUGUUUUGUUUUUUUAGAAAGCAGUGGGGCAUGAUUUAAUUCUCACAUUGAACAGGUGCAUUUGAAAUGACAAAGGAUUGUAUUUGAAUCCUGUUUCCUGUUGUAUUUUUAAGAAAUUCAGUCUUACGUUCACACUAUUCUGAAAUGGCAUGAAGUAAGUGUUUUAUAUUAAUGUAUAACUGUAGAUACCUUUAAGGACACUAGUGGUCAUAGAUCUGUGUAAAUAUUUUUGUCUGUCCUUAAAUUGUAUUAUGAACUUUAAAAAGUGUUGUGUUAAUGAAUAUUGUUGCUACUGGAGCAAGUGAAAUAACACUCAUAAUAAUCAACUUUAGCAGUUAUGUCAUAAGGAAUAAUAACUAGGGAAUGUGCAAUUGGCCAGAUAAGACACACUACAUAUAUCAUAAAAAAUGAAAAUGCCAGGAUUACUUACUUAGCAUAUCAUUACUUGCAAAUCCCAGCUCUGCCGGUUUGCUUUCCUGCUGUGUCUGUUCCAGUCUUUUACCAAUUUGUAGCCAAAAUCUGUACUUUAGGCUGAAUGUGUUUGUGUUUGUGUGUGUGAGCGUGUGUGUGUAUGUGUGUUUAUUUUAUUUGAAUGGUUCCCAUGGGACAUUGUUUUAUUACAUAUAUAAUUACAUUUUGUAAGGAAGCAACAAGUUGCUUUUUGUUGUCAUUUUCAUGAAAAGUGUUGCUAAAUUAUGUGCGUUUGCACAAUUUAUAACAACAUUUUCCAAUUACUGUGAGAACUAUAUUUAAAAUGUUUUUUUUUUAUAUUUAUUUUUCUAUAAGUAUGACUCAUAAUUUUAUAACUAAUUCAGUAAUAGUUAAAAGGCCAGUUCUUAAAACAAAGUAACAGUAUGCUAAUUUUUUCUUCUAUAUGUGUUACUCUUACACUUUUUAUUACAUUAUGUAAAAAACACUUUAGUUGGCUUUUUACAUAAUGCAAUAAAAUCUCAAACCACACAGUUCAAAUUUCUGUCAUUGAUAUUGUUUUGCAGUGGCAAUAAAAUAUAUGAAUCUUUGGGAGUUACUUGAUUUUUUUUAAUUGAAAGGUCUGAAAAUGUGAUACGAUCUUCAUCUAAGUCAUAAUAUGCUUAAACUGACACACAAACAAUGUUAAAUCUUUCAUGUCUUUGUUGAACACACCCAUCAAACUUUCCAAAAGUGACCCCUUGGAUUUAGUAACCUCCUUUGGCAUGAGUAACCCCCAACAAACGCUUCUGAUAGCUCCAAAUCAGACCUGCCCAACGUUCAGGAGGAAUUUUGGACCAUUCCUUAUUACAAAACUGCAACACCUCAGCCAUGUUCUUGGGAUGUCUGGUGUGAGUGCCUCUUUUGAUGUCACUCUACUCCAUUGGGUUAAAGUGUGAGCCCUAACUGGGCCAUUCCAAAAGGUGAAUUGUAUUUGUUUGAAGCUUUUCUGUUUUAGAUUUACUUCAAUGUUUAUUUUGGUAUUUUUUGGUAUUGGGUACACUGUAUUAAUCCCCGAGGGGAAAUUGUCUUUUCGCAUGAUGUUUAGGGACAUUGAUUUGUUGCAUCACCCAACUUCUUCUGAACUUGAACUGGCGGAUGUGUCAGGGUGUUAUUCUGUAGGGUACCUUAAAAAAAUUGGGGAUUCAUUUUCCUGCUCAAUGAUGGCAAGCUCUCCAAGUCCCAAGGCUUAGACAUCAUGAUGCUCCCUCCAACAUACUUCAACAUUGGUUGCAGUGCCCUUUUUGCGCCAUACAUAAUGCUUUAUCAGCGAUAGUUUUAUAAUUCCUCGGAACAUUUUCCCAGUAGCAUUGUGGAGUUUCAGGCGUGCUGCAGUGCUUUUUUUUUUCUAUGGAGAGUAGUGGUUUCUUUCUUGGUGUCCUGCGAUGGAUGCCAUGCCUAUUCAGUGUUUUGCAUAUAAUACACUCAUGAAUAGAGAUAUUAACCUGUAACAGGGAUUGCUUAAAGCCUGAGCUGUUAUUCUGGAUUUCUUACUUACGUUGUUGAGCAUUCUGCGUUGUACCUUUCAAGUCGUCUUGGAUGGUGCCCACUACCAGAGACAGUAGUCACAGUAUUAAAUUGUCUAAAUGUCAGUCAGUCGUUACCCAACCCGCUACAUGCUAACACAGGGUCACGGGGGUCCGCUGGAGCCAAUCCCAGCCAGCAUAGGGCACAAGGCAAGAACAAAUCCCGGUCAGGGCGCCAGGACACACACACACACCCACUAAGCACACACUAGGGACAAUUUCGGGAUUGCCAAUGCAUCUAACCAACAUGUCUUUGGACUAUGGGAGGAAACCGGAGCACCCGGAAGAAACCCACGCAGACAAGGGGAGAACAUGCAAACUCCACGCAGGGUGGACUCGGGAAGCAAACCCAGAAUAUCUAAACUCUUUGAAUCUACUUCACAACCCUUUCAGGCUUUAUAUAAAUCACUGUUCUUGAUCGUUGAUGUUCUGAAAUCUUUUUUUUUUCCAAGCCAUGCUUCACAUACACAGAUGCUUCUUGUGAACAGCAAACUCAAAAUGUUUGUCUUUUUUUUUGUUUUUAAUAGGUCAUGUUAGAACUAAACCACACCUUCACCCUCAUUUCAUUGGUUGGACUCCACGUUUGUUAACUGCUGACUCCUAAUAACUUGUGCUAAAGUCAUUAAUCUUGGUGUUCACAUGCAUUUCCGUGAGAAUGUUUGAAUGAUGUAUUCAGUAUAUGCAAGACAAAUGCAAUAAUUAGCAGGUUAUUAGUUAAAACAGGUUGUGUUUUGUUCAUUAUUAUCACAUAGAUGAAGAUCAAAUUGUAUUUUAAGACCAACAUAUUCAUAAAUCUGUUUAUUUUCCAAAGGUGUUCACAUACAUUUUCUAUGUGAAUAUUGAAAUGAUGUAUUCAAUAUGUACAAGACAAAUACAAUAAUUUGUGUGUCAUAAGUUAAAACCGGUUGUGUUUGUUCAUUAUUUUAACUUAGAUGAAGAUCACAGUAUAUUUUAAGACAUAUUUUUUCAUAAACCUAGUUAUUUCCAAAGGGGUUCACAUACUUUUUGCAUGAUAUAUUAAAUAUGUACGAGAGAAAUACAGUAAUUUAUGUGUGAUUAGUUAAAAUAGAUUAUGGUUUUUCAUUAUUUUAACGUAGAUGGAGAUCACACAGUAUUAUAAAACCAAAUUAUACUCCAAUCCGGUUAUUUCCAAAGGGGUCCACAAAUAUUUUCCAUGUGAAUGUUUGAGUGAUGUUCUCAGUAUAUACAAGGUGAGAAGUUAAGCAGACUGACCCCUUUUAUUGGCUAACUAGAAAGAUUACAAUAUGCAAGCUUUCGAGGCAACUCAGGCCCCUUCUUCAGGCGAGAUGUAAGAUGCCUUGUAGAGCUCUUUCGAUCUCAGCACAGGCAUAACAUGCAUUUUAACAACAACAAGCAGCAAACCAAAUUGAAUGGCCUGUCAUUUUCUAAUCCGCUUAAUCCAGACCUCUGUGGCCGAGUGCUGUAUCCCAGCAAGCACGGGGAGCAAGUCAGGAACUAAUCCUGGACAGGAUGCCAGUCAUUGCAGGGCACUCAUUACAUCUCGCCUGAAGAAGGGGCCUGAGUUUCCUCGAAAUCCUGCAUAAUCUUUUUAGUUAGCCAAUAAAAGGUGUCAUUUUGCUUAACUUCUCACCACAUCCAUAAUGGCUAACAUGGUACAACACCCUAGUAUUACAGUAUGUACAAGGGAAAUACAAUAAUUUGUGCGUUAUUAGUUAAAACAAAUUGCAACUUAGAUGAAGAUCACACAGUAAAUACUGGACAAAAUUGUACAUAAAUUUGGUUAUUUCUAAAGGGGUUCACAUACUUUUUCCUUGCCACUGUUACUGUAUAUGUACCCCUCUCUUACAUUCCUGCUGCUUCAGCUGCCUAAUCAGCUUUUCCAGAUAAGAUCACAACUUUAUAAAUCAGAAGAAUGGGUUCAUGACAAUCAUUGAUUUAUACGAUCGCUGAAGUGUCUCAGCGUCCCAAUCACUGUUUCCUUUUUGGACGUCAGCGCUUUCUCCUAAAGAAAAAAAAUAUUGCUGCGUUUUCCGUUUUCUACAUUGAAUGAGCCUUUCUCACAGUUUCCAGCAGAUGCUUACCAAGCCACUUUUGCAACAUUCUUCUGGAUCAUCAAGCUGUAAAUUCUUUUUACAUCCAGAAAUAUAAAGUCUAAAAAAAGGCUAUGGAUUUUUUGUGACCUUUUGUACUGUUCUUUAUUUAAAUAACCUUUAAAUCUAAUAUGAUGUUGUUUGAGUUUAGAUAUAUAUUUAAUUCAUACUAGUGUACAUGGCAACUGAAGUCAAUGUGCAGUUUUGUCUGUAUGGUUAUAAAGCCCUAAAAUGGAAGGAUAGAUAUGGUGCGGUAGACUAAAUAUCAUUUACAUGCUGUGUUUGAUGGUUUCUCCUCUGUUGUUUGUUGAGCAGAGGGAAGUGUCCUGUUUUGGCUCGUUUGUAUCUGACGUCACAGUUGUGCCAUGUUGUACUUUACCCUGAUUCAGAUUUUUAGCACCUCUUCAAGUUACUGCUGAGGUCAUUGUAGGAUCCGACGACUGCACAUGUACUUAGUGAUGCAUUGUAAAGCACUGUUUCUGCCUUGUUUUUAAAUUCCAUGUUGCACUUUCAAAUUGUUCAUUUAUGUUAGUCCAGAAUUACUAAUAAAAUAAAUGCCUUAUUUAUUAGUGUUCAUACUAAUAACUUCGUAUAUGUUAUAAUGAAAUUAUAUUGAAUUUUGAUACACUCUGGAGAAACAAUUUUUUUUUCCAGAAACAAUAAGCUGCUUCCAUUCCUUUUAUAUUGUUUCACAGUAUAAACAAAUGAGAUGUUGUUACUGAAAUGCUAAACAGACGAAAUCGGAAAGCUGUUGAAUUCUUGUUGAAUUUUGUAAUGAAAAAUGUACCUGGUUUUCCUUGCAAAGAAAACUUGCACAUUUAUUGUCACCUUAAUUGAAAAUAAAGAUCCAUCCUUUUGUGGCCUGUU